AUGGGAAAAUUUUUGAAGCCCGCGAAGAUUGUGAUCCUCUUGCAAGGAAAGCACGCCGGAAAGAAGGCUGUCAUCCUCCAAAAUCACGAUAAUGGCACCAACAAGCAUUCUUACGGUCACUGCAUUGUCGCUGGCAUUGAGAAGUACCCGCGCCGCGUGAAGAAGUCUAUGUCGAAGAAGAAGAUUGCCCUUCGCUCGGAUAUGUCUGUCUUCGUCAAGGUCGUGAAUUACAACCACCUCAUGCCGACGCGCUACACUUUAGAUCUCGGUGAUGCGGUUAAGAGCGGUCUUGACAUGGCUGCCUUCUCUUCCCCUGGUGCCAAUGCUGAGCGACCAGAAGCCCGCAAAGAGGGUCGCGAGCUUGUCAAGAAGGAGCUUUCGCAGCGCUACAACGCAGGCAAGAACCAAUGGUUCUUCACGCCACUCCGAUUCUAG